AUGAAGCCGGUGGUGGGGAUCGUAGUGUCGAACAAGAUGCAAAAGUCGGUGGUGGUGGCGGUGGACCGGUUGUUCCACCACAAGAUUUACAAUCGCUACGUCAAGCGCACCAGCAAGUUCAUGGCUCACGACGAGAGCAACGAAUGCAACAUCGGCGACCGGGUUAGAUUGGAUCCUUCAAGGCCACUGAGCAAAAGAAAGCACUGGGUUGUUGCUGAGAUAUUGCAGAAAGCUAGAAUCUAUGUUCGACCAUCUCUGGCAGCUCCAUCUCCUGGAGAACAAUCUGCUGCUUCUAAAACAACUGAAACUGUUCCUUCUUCUUAG